AUGCGAUGGAUGGGUGAAAGGGACGAUGGGGAUCUCGCCGUCGCACGGCGGACCACGAAGCGCACUGAUGCGAGCGGCCUGCAAAGCACCAGACCCGACCCAAGCAAGCUCCACCAGGGCAUGGAGGCUGUAGCCUGGCACUUAGCAGAAAGCGUGCUGGGGAGACACUCGCUGCAGUGCGUGGCUUGGGGGGCGGGGGCCGUCGCGGGCUAG